GCCAGCAGAGGCAGUGUAUUGAUCUUUUCCGGACAUGGUGCGAGUGGAUAGUUGUCGAGUGAAUAUGCGUGUCUGUCGUAGCAUGAGUCAAACGGAUGAUGUCCGAUGGGAUUCACGGUGACGUCAAAAAGAGCUAGGGGACGACCGCCGGCGGCUGCGACCGUGUGAAAGCGGUCACGUGAUAGACCCCUAAUUUUCAGAGAUCUCCCUGCGUUAAUUGCUCGAGGCUGCUGCUCCCUGGACAUACAACAUGAAGCACCACGUCCCGUACCGCGGGGCGUUCUACACCAGAUCAAGAUGGAGUACCGAGAAUGGAGUUGUCGUGUACAACGCCCGAUGGCAAAUGUACCGGGCUUACCUCCAGCUGUUGCGUCUCAUUCCCGAUCCACACCUGUGGGCCUAUCUUCAACCUAGAUUCCGAAAGCUUUGCGCCAUUGAGCGGCCGGCGAGUAAGGAAUUGCCUCCUGAACCGGAUCUUGUAGGGUCAGUAGCGGAGAUUGAAGAGGCCUACAGGGUAUGGCGACUUGCAGUGAGAAAUCAUCACGAGGAGGCUAUUGGAUGGACGACAUCCUUGUCUGAAUGCAAAAAAGAACUGAAUCGAUUGCGAGCUGCCGUGGCUACUCAUCCUCAUGCCCUUCUGAGACUCAUUCAAGAUGCUUACGGUCAAACCCCAUCUAGUCCGUUGCGCAAGGAGCUCCUAUGGGCUGUCUCCGAAUCAUCCCCACCUGAACCUCAAUCGGAUGAGAUAUAUGAGCUGCUUGGCGAAGACCGCACUCCAAUACCUGCUGCACUCGAACCCCUCGCUGCGAAACGCGAGAUUCCCAACAGGGGAGUGAAAAUACGCACACAGAGACCCUAUCAUCAGGGCAAAGCCCAGAACCUCACGGCGUGGCAGAGACGAUGGAGCAUCCUCAGUCCCCCGAUAUAUCUUCCUAAGGGCUCUGGUGUAUCGUGUGGAUGGGAGGACAAAGGCAUCGUCGUCGGAAUGCGAGCACUCGCCGGCGUUGGAAAUGUCUGGCUCCGAGAUCGACAUUUCCGAGUCACUGAUCCAGGUCGUUUAGCCAAGCUCAUCCCGAAAAGACUGACCAUCCUCGAUGGUCCACACCAGCUACCCACCUUUCAACUCCUCUCACCCAUCAUGCGCCGGAUUUUUCCCAUCAAGAUCACCAAACCGACACUUCGCGAACCCCCUUAUCCUCAACCUGAACGCCACGAGACCAGAAACGAGAGGCAUCUGUGGGCUGGAGCCGUGCCCUUGACGUCGCGCAUACUCCGAACAGCGUACGAGUCUGUCUGGCUCAGGCUAAACUUUACCCGACCCGUCAGCCAUGACAAUCUCGACCGUUGGGUCAAGUGCUCUUACGAAGAGAUGAAAGCCUGGGAAGCGGGAGAGGACAUUCCAGCAUCCUCUCAGCCCUCGUCUGGAUCUGCUCCGACACGGCCACACAAAUUCGGCACGAUCACAUCGCAGGAGGAGGAGGCUCUUCGGGGAUCCCCGAGGAGGAGCAGCGGCGUAGAGGACACGGUAUACAAGUCGGCCGGGGGAGACCGUCUCUUGGCAUCGAGAAUAAAAUUUCAGCAGUGGCAGAGCACUCGUUUAGAAGAGAUGCGCCGACUCAAAGAGCCUCAAAACUGGCUGUUCAUGCAGACAACCCUACUGCGAUGGAUGGCGAGAUGGGAACAGAUGCAGCAGCUGAGCUCGACUGGAUGAAGACUUGGGAAGAUCAAUUGGCCACGGGACAAGGCCCUUUUGGAUUGGCACCUUUACCCCCGCCUGCUCCGACGCCACCGUCAGAUAUUCACUGGGAAAGGCGAGGGAACACCAUCGUCAGAAACCUGGGUCAUGGCAAGUUUAGAGAGGAGUUUAGAUAUGUUCCGAACGUCUCUGGGAUGAGGCGCGGGUCACCAUUCCCACUUCCGCAGCGUCUGGAGUAUUCUCUCCCAUCCGUGCCGAGCUCGAUUUGGAGGGUAUAAAGUAGUAUCCCAUUAGCAGUACUGUUGUAUGCAUUUAUUGUUCCCCCGGAGAAUUGCCG